AUGUUGCCAUUGUACGAUGUUGAAAUAGCAGUGCCAUUUGGAAAGACGGGGAAGUCGGUAGAGUACGCAUUCAGCACGUCCAUGGCUGAGCGGUCAGUAGGAGUAAUCAACCGCGGUGCGGGAGCGCUGAGAGGGCUUGCUUCCGAUCUUCUGUCCGAUCCUAUCAAGGAGGUGCCAAGUAAGAAAAUGGGCAAAGGCCUUGGCAAGACUACCGUAGUGUUCACGAUCUUCGUUGUGCCGGGAAGGGAAGGACAAUUGGGAUUCAGGUGA